AUGUCGGUCUUUCGACGUUCCUCCCGCCUACCACCAGUCUCAGACUCGGACGACACAUCGCCAUCGACUCUCGCCGCUCCUUCCGUAUCCGUCGCCGACUCGUCAGACAACCUCAGCGCCCUAUCCACUCCUUCCACCCUCAGCGUUGACAAGAGCUCCUCUCGCCUGUCGGCCGCUCCCAAAGCCAAUUCCCGAUUAUCGCCCUUGCGCAUCGUUUCGCGCUCGCGCUCCCAAAGAGACAGCGGCACGAUCGCCAGCCCGCCCAUCGCGGUUCCACCCACACCCACAGACCCGAACACAGACAAGAAGCAACCGCCGGUUGAGACAAUGGCGGCCGACGACGACACACACGCCCAGGCGCCAGCGUCGCCUCCACCGGAAGGCGCACCCGGAACCGCGCCCGUAGUAGGCCUGGGGGCGGCCGCGCAGGUGGCCGCGCAGCAGCAGCGCGCAGGGCGGCACGCGCACCGCGACUCGAUCGUGCAGCGCGUGGCUGAGCGCCUGCAGUCUCCCCAUGGGCAUGGGGAAGGUAAGCGGCGGCGGCGACGCCGUCCUUCCACCACGUCUACCGCCGGCACCGGAGCCUCCAACAUGAGCCGCACGCCGCCCGUCCUCCCCGCCUCCGCGAGUACUAACGGUAUCGCGGCGGCACUGGCCAAGUCUGGCCUACAGAUCACGGGCGACGAGCAGAUCCUCAAGGCGUCUGCCGCCAACCGCGCAGUGUCGUCGGCGGGUCGCUCGCCGUAUUUGGUUCGCCAAGACUAUGAGAGCGACGAGGGGUACGGCUCAGAAGACGAGAGCGACGUCCUCACCGACGACGAAGCACUCGACAACCUCCCCGUAACCGGUUUCGCCGUCGCGAGCAACCGCCGCAACGCCGAGUUCCACUCCCUCUUCCCUACAGUCGACGAGGGUGACUACCUCAUCGAGGGUGAGACAUUUCGUCGUUCAUCACUGACAACAGACUAUGGUUGCGCGCUCGCAAAAGACAUUCUCGUCCACGGCCGUCUCUACGUGUCCGAGAACCACAUCUGCUUCCACUCAAACUUGUUCGGUUGGGUCACUGAUAUUGAGAAGAAGAUGACGGCGCUUGUCAUCCCGAACGCGAUCGGCGUGUACACGUCCAAGGAACGGUACACGUUUGCGUCUCUGAUUUCGCGCGAUUCGACAUUCGACGUGCUCAUGAACAUUUGGCGCAUCGCGCACCCGGACAUGGAGAUGACGAGCUCGACGGCUCCCAACGGCGCCGACGACGCGGCGUCCCCGGACGACUCUGCCGUCGACGACAGCGCGGCCAAGGCCAAGGGCCUCCCGCACAAGUCGACGCAGUGCGACUGCUCCAAGACGGGCGGCCACUAUGCCGAAGUCGCGCUCGACACGACCUUCCCCUCAACGCCUGAAAAGGUGUACAACCUCAUGUUCAACAGCGGGUGGUACCGCACCUUCAUGUCCGAGUCGCAAAAGCUGCGAGACGACAAGAAGCUCAUGCGCACGACAUCGUACAUCAAGCCGCUGUACGGGUCGAUUGGGCCGAAGCAGACCAAAUGCCACAUUGUCGACGUACACGAGCACUGCGACUUUGACAGCUACAUCACCAUGGUCACGACGACACGCACGCCCGAUGUCCCCUCUGGUGGCGUGUUCAGCGUCAAGACAAAGACGUGCUUUACGUGGGCGAGCGCGAGCUCCACGCGUGUGCUGGUCACGACGGAAGUCGAGUGGACCGGCAAGUCGUGGGUCAAGGGCAUCGUUGAAAAGUCCGCGGUCGAUGGACAGAAGCAGUACCACGAAGACCUCGCGCGCGAGAUGCGCGCGUACAUGAAGGAGCACCAGUCCGAGUUUGCCGUGGCCGGCGCCGAGCCCGACUCGGAGGCGUCCGAGGCUGCGCCGUCCGAGGCCGAACCCUCUGGCCCGACCAAGGCGCAGGCGUAUGCCGAGGCGGCCGGGCGGCGCGGCAAGAAGCCCGAGGACGAGUACUGGCUGCUGCAGGGGUGCCUCGACUCGAUCACGAGCGGGUUCAGCAUGAUCGCGUCCGGCAUCGGCACCGGCGCCAAGCUCGUCACGGACAUGAUUGAAGAGAGCCGCUUCUCCAAGACGUCCCUCAUGGUCGGCGUCAUUGGCCUGCUGCUGCUCAGCAACGUGUACACGUACUGGAACCGGCCGGCGAGCCAGCACAAGGUCAAGCGCCUGCAGCGGUUUGGACCUAGCGACGACGCCGUCACUGAGGCCGUCAGGCAGAUUCUCGCGCGCAGAGCAGCGACAACACCAAAGGAGGAGGUCGCGCAGCUCGUCCACAUGCUCGAUGAGAUUGAGGCGCGCGCUGCAAACCUGCGCCAGCUGCUGCUCGCGAGCAGCGCGGUCGACGACGACAGGGAAGGCGUGCUCGUCAUUAAUGAGAUGGACUAG